GAGAAUCCCAAAAAUGACAUCCAGAUUGCAGGGGAGCAGAGCAGAGAGUGAGUGAGAGAGAGACUGGGAGAGAGAAAGAAAGAACUCAACAACCCGUUCAYUUUCAGGGAGAAAACAGAGAAUAUCAGCCAGUGCAUGUUUUAUUUUACAGCUUCAUACUUGGCAUCUUGUGGAAAAUUCCGACUUUAGAAAUGUAGUUGGACACAAAGAAAACCUGAGAAGAAUACAUCAAUGUGUUUUUGAAAACAAAAGCGUUAGCAUAAACGUUUCCUGUUUCUUGACAUCGUAGUAGAACGGAGAACCCCUUGGUUUGAACCCUGCGCUCAUCUCCAGUUUUGGGAAGAACACUGUCUGCUGCAAUCCAACCGUCAAGAUGUGUGACCUGAUGCCAGUUUCGAAACCUGCAGAAAAAAUCGGCAAAAUGAAAAAGUUGCGAAGAACUUUGUCAGAGAGCUUCAGUCGCAUAGCUUUCAAGAAAGAGGACAGUGGCUUUGAUGAGAUAUGUGUCACAAAGAUGUCAACACGCAGCGGCCAGGGAAAGGACUCGGUCAUCACGCCCCUGGACACCAUCCCUGAGGACAGGAAGGUAAGGGUUCAGCGGACACAGAGUGGUUUCGACGCCUUCGAGAAACCCGCCAGCCAGGUGAAGAGGGUGCACUCAGAGAACAAUGCCUGUAUCUCCUCCAAGGCCUCCUCUACUGGGAAAGAGUCGCCCAAACUGCGCCGACACUCCAGCCCCAGCUCUCCCACAAGCCCCAAGUUCGGAAAGGCUGAUUCCUAUGAGAAGCUUGAGAAACUGGGAGAAGGCUCGUACGCUACAGUAUACAAAGGGAAAAGCAAGGUGAACGGCAAGCUGGUAGCCCUGAAAGUGAUUCGUCUGCAGGAGGAGGAGGGGACACCGUUCACCGCCAUCAGAGAAGCGUCUCUUCUGAAAGGUCUGAAGCACUCCAACAUCGUGCUGCUCCAUGACAUCAUCCACACCAAGGAAACCCUGACGCUGGUCUUUGAGUAUGUGCACACAGACCUGUGCCAGUACAUGGACAGGCACCCAGGAGGACUGCCAGACAAUGUGAAGUUGUUCCUGUACCAGUUGCUGAGAGGUCUGUCCUACAUCCACCAGAGGUAUAUCCUGCACCGUGACCUCAAGCCUCAGAACCUGCUCAUCUCUGACACUGGAGAACUCAAACUGGCCGACUUCGGUAGGGGUGUAGGAUGCAUCUUCAUUGAGAUGAUCCAAGGAGUGGCAGCUUUCCCUGGGAUGAAGGAUAUCCAGGAUCAGCUGGAGAGGAUAUUCCUG